UCGGAAAUGACGUAGUUUGAUAUCCGGUCGAAUUGUUUGUGGAAAGUUGGAGUAGGCGGAGCAACUCGUCACAACUGUUACCAUUCGGAGUUUGCCGUUUCUUACGCCAUUUCCCGCCUUUAUAGAGAACCAUUAUGGACGUGUCGUCGGGAACAGGACAAGCUAGAGCCGGUGCAGGAGCUGGACAGCCCACCCAGGUGAGAGGGUACCUCAUCACUUACCCUGCCAAGUUCUGCAUCUGCAACCGUGAGCCUACUACAGUCCUGUGUAAGAUGUGUGGCAAACUGUUUGAGGGUCGUGCACAACAGAUGGAGUGUCCCGUCCACCCCAACAUCAUCCACCUGAUGGACCACGCCCUGUGCCCCGCCUGUCACAGGAACAAGCUGCAGGAGGCCAUGAAACAGAAGUCUACCAGCAGUCGCAGGGGCAGUGUUACCUCAUAGAUCAUGUAGAUUUUUACAUGCACAGUAGCCAGUAGCACUGUGAUGUGUAGUGUCCUGAAAAAAA